AAAGGUUUUCGAGAGGAGGUUGACAGUUGUUGCUAACGUGCUAACUCACAUUAUUGGGUGUUUUAAAGCUCAAAAUAUGGCCGACGAUCAAGGCGAUGAUGUACCUCCUCUGCCUUGUGUAUGUGUCACUAGUUGUGCUUCCAGCUUUAAAGAAGAGGAGCUCAUCAGACAGAUCUUGGGCACAGAAUCACUACCACAAGCUACCAAAAUAGAGGAAGGAGUUUCUUGGUAUCCAUGGACAAUAAACAACAAGUACUACAUAGCAAAUGUCAGCCUAUGUGUUGUUCCAAGUACAUUUGACAUGAAUGCAGAGGUUGCCCGGUCUAUGCAAGCUUUCAUCGUUUACUUUGACAGCAAAACUAAAGAAGGCCUUAGUAAAGUGAAUUCCUGGUUAUCAAUAGUGAAGGAACUGGCACCAGAAGUGUUGAUUCUUGUGUGUGACCAUGUGUGUGACAGUGGUGUUGGCAGACAUGAGGCCCAGCAAUGGUGUCUGGCACACACAUUUGAAUUAGUGGAGCUCAACCCUCAAGAUCUUCCUGAUGAGGAUGAUGACUUCCCAGAGUCCACCGGAGUUAAACGAAUGUUGCAAGCUCUCAAUGCCAACGUGUGGACCAGUGUCGAGAUGAAAGACGAACACAGUCAGGGAUUUGGUCUAAUGAGCAGCCUGGUAGCCUCUCGUCACAACAACCCACGACCUAGUCAAGAGACACUGUCCUGUAAUUCCCCAUCCAAUAGUACAAAUGAAGGCACUGAGAGCCAAAGAGCAGAGAAUAACCAAAAUAGUACAGUAAAUACAACAGUUGAUCCCAUGAUUGACAUAGACAUCCAAGAGUUGGCCAAUCUCACUGCUGGAGAUGCAGAUGUGGAGAAUUUUGAACGGCUGUUUACAAAAUUGAAAGAGAUGAAAGAUAAGGCCUCCUCCUUACCACAUGAACAAAGGAAAGUACAUGCUGAAAAGGUUGCUAAAGCAUUCUGGAUGGCCAUUGGUGGAGACCAGGAUGAGAUUGACAGCGUGUCUUCAGGGGAGGAGAGUUAAGGCCAAAGUGUCUCUUAACCAGCUUCCAUUGUUGAUACUCAGCUCAUCCUUGAACGCCCAGUCAUUCCAGUUGUGCCCAGCCCAGUCCUGCCCUGCCAGAACCAAGAUCCGACCACAGGAACAUGCAAAGAUGCAUUAAGAAAUAAAUGCAAUGGAAGUUUUCAUGAUACUGCUGUUACUGUAAUUGCAACACCCUCAACGUCAAUUUGGCAGUGCAAAGGGUCAUUAUGGGCUUUUAAAACAUUAUAAAAUGAGAAGGAUAGGAGGGGUUGUAGUGGGCAAGAUUAUAUAGUUUUGUCUCUUCUUUGGUGGUGUCGGUGCAAAUCUGCAGCCCCAUACAUAGAUAAAGCUUUAUAAAGUAAAGCUUUGUGAUGCAACGUGCUAAAAGGACAGAGCAUUUAAACGUGGAUUUUAAACGUGUUUUUCCUUUAUUUUUCAAGCUGUAAAUCAGAAUUAUGCCUGAGCAUGUCAUUAGGUCUUCAUCAAUUAAAAGAAUGAUCUGUUGAAUCUGAAUAAAUUUGAUAUUCUUUUGUUGGUCUUACAGGUCAACUGUCUAUACAUCAGUUGAGAAAGUCUGCACUAAAAGUUUUAAAUAAAUAUGUUCUUAAUCCAGUUUAAACAUUUCAUUAUUAAAACUUGAAUAACAAAGGUCAAUAAAACAGUGAACGCAAUGAAACAAGUAAAUGUCAGAAUACAUUUCAGAAACAAAAGGGAAGAAAAUUCAGGGCAAACAAGAACAAAGCACCAGUUUAAGAAUAAUUGAAAGUACUGGAACUAAGACAAAGCAAAUUGUAUUUACUUUACUAAAACAAGAGUUUAAGAAAAGAAAUGGGAUACUUUAAAAGCAACAUUUCAACAAAACGACAAAUCUACUGUAAAUAAAAAUCCCAACAGUUCACUGUGUGCUUUGGGCCAUUUGAAAUACAUUGGAGGAACCAGCAAGGUCCAUGGCAAAAGACACCGCUUAUAACACCGGGGUAAAUAAACAUCACAAGGAUCAGUUGUCCCAAGAAAUAUCAAUAUGAUCAGUUCUCAGACUCCGACAAUACAAACUGAUUUUCGAAAGCAAAGCAGAAAGCUUUUAGAUGUGUGUUGUUUAUAUCUAAAAAUAUAGAGCCAGGUUCAAACAUCGCCCCAAAAAAUUAGAAACAUGCUUACUUUAUGGAUUGCUGAUCUCUCUGUUAUGAAAGAGAUAGUUUACCCCAAAAUUAAAAUUCUCUCAUCCUCAUGCCAUCCCAGAUCUUUAUGACUUACUUUCUU